UGAGCCACUCCCUUAAACAGUACAGUUCUACCAGGAAGACUCUAAAGGGAAGCAUACAAUAAUCUGGAGAUUGGUAGAGAUACGAGUGGACUGAAGCUUUUAUUUCUGGAGAAGCAAAAGUGUUAUUAAUUCUCUCUUGUUCAACGAUCUCACAGCACAUCAAAAUGGCAGUAGCUUUUCUAACAACUCAGGAUUCUUUCAGCUGUUCGAUCUGUCUGGAUCUACUGAAGGAUCCAGUGGCUAUUCCCUGUGGACACAGUUUCUGUCUGGGCUGUAUUAAGGACUGCUGGGAUCAGGAUGAUCAGAAAGGGGUCUACAGCUGCCCUCAGUGCAGACACACCUUCACUCCAAGGCCUGUUCUCAACAAGAACAGUCUCAUUGCUGAAAUGGUGGGAAAACUAAAAAAGACGAGGCUCCAAGCUGCUCCUCCUGCUGCUGCUUCUCCUGCUGGAUCUGGAGGUGUGGAGUGUGACUUUUGCACUGGAACAAAACACACAGCUGUUAAGUCCUGUCUGGUGUGUCUGGCCUCCUUUUGUGAAGCUCAUAUUCAGCCUCAUUAUGAAUCUCCUGCAUUUAAGAAGCACAAGCUGGUUGAAGCCUCCAUGAACCUGCAGGAGAAGAUCUGCUCUCUUCAUGAUAAACUACUGGAGGUUUUCUGUCGCACUGAUCAGCAGUGUAUAUGUCUUCUGUGUGUGAUGGAUAAACACAGUGGUCAUAAGACAGUCUCAGCUGCAGCAGAAAGAGCUGAGAAACAGAAUCAGUUGGACCAAAACCGAGAAACCUGCAAAAAGACAAUCCAGCAGAAAGAGAAGGAUGUUCAGGAGUUAAAGAAGGUCAUGGUGAAAGUCAGGCUCUCUGCACAUGCAGCAGUGGAGGACAGUGAGAAGAUCUUUACUGAACUGAUUCAGUCCAUAGAGAGAAGACGCUCUGAGGUGAAAGAGCUGAUCAGAGCUCAGGAGAAGACUGAACUGAGUCUGGCUGAAGAUCUCCUGAAGAAACUGGAGCAGGAGAUUGCUGAUCUGAGGAGGAGAGAUGCUGAUCUGAAGCAGCUUUCUUACACUGAGGAUCCCGUCCAGUUCCUCCAGGAUUUCCAGUCUCUUCCUGUCCUUCCCCAAUCUACUAACCUAUCCAGCAUCAAUAUGAACCCCCAGUUCUCUAUAGAGUUUUUGAAGAAAAUGGUCUCAGAAAUGAAGCAACUGAAUGGAUUCAGCAAGCUUGAUCUUGUCCAAAUAUUUAAAGUUCACACUGUCCAGCCUGUUGAACCAAAGAUCAGAGAGGAAUUCUCAAAAUAUUCCUGUCAGCUCACACUAAAUCCCUAUAUGGUACAUGAAGGUCUUCAUCUGUCUGAUGGGAACAAGAAAGUGAAUCUGAUUCCAAAGAGGGAUUGUAAAGAUUAUGAUAGAGAAUAUUUUAGAGAUUAUUUUGGAAAUCAUAGUUAUCCAAAAAAAUGGUGUCAGGUACUUUGUUCUGAGCGUCUAUCUGGACGCUGCUACUGGGAGGCUGAGGUAAAUGGGAACUUUUCGAUUGCUGUGUUAUAUAAGGACAUUAGUUUGGAAGGGAAAGUAAUUCAACAUGAGUUUGGAUCCAAUAAUCAGUCGUGGAGUCUGGCACAUGUUGACUCUAGAUUGUAUUUUACAAAAAAUCAAAGAAAUACUGGCCUUUAUGUUCAACCAUUCCCCUCUAAAAUAGGAGUGUAUGUGGAUCACAGUGCAGGAAUUCUGUCCUUCUACAGCGUCUCUGAUACAAUGACCCUCCUCCACAGAGUCCAAACCACCUUCACUCAGCCCCUCUAUGCCGGAUUUGGGAUGAAGUCUCAGGAAAGUUCUGUUAAAAUAUGUGAUCUGUGAUUAAAAGGUGAUGAAUUACUAUGUGAAAUAGUGCUGUUAGGCAACAGUAAAAAAAAUCUAAUUAGUUACAUUCUCUGUGAUUAAUUAAUUUAAAUGAAUCACAUUUAAUGAUAUUCAGCACUUUUUGCAAAGAAAGUUCUUUUGGAUUUUAUCUAAGGAGCAAAUGAAUGAAUGAAUGAAUAACUGGCAUAGAUUAAAGCUCCCUGUAAUGAGCAUCAUUAAGUAACAGAUGCUGUAAAUACUGUUUAUAUCUUACAACACUAGAUCAAUUUAUUAUAGCUGCACUUAAAUAAAAAAAAACAAUUCUUAAAUUACUCAAAUAUGUCUAAAGCGUAACAACACUAAUAUAUUUUUACAUUAAUAGCUGAAAUAUGCUGCUCUGUACACCAGCUCUGCUUAAAAUGCUUAACAUUAGAUGCAAAAAUAAAAUUUAUUUUGAUAUUUGACCAUAUUUCGAUCAUUUAGUAAAGUUCAAAUAAAUAUUUUUGUACAAAUCCUUUCAAAAAUCAGCAUUAUUAAUCAGCGUUUAAUUGAUCUACAUUAUUUCCCAACAUGUUAUUGUUUUAGUAUCUAGUUUAUCAAAAUUAGUGUGUUAAUGUGACAGCCCUAAAAUUAGUCACUGCAUACUUUAUCAUUCUAUAUUGAACAUGUUCUUCAGUACAGCUAAUAUUUGGAUGGUUGAUCUUUUACCCCUCCAUGCCACGCCGCAUUGAAGCAGUCAUUUCUGCAAAAGGAUUCCCGACCAAGUAUUGAGUGCAUAACUGAACAUAAUUAUUUGAAGGUUGACUUUUUUUGUAUUAAAAACUCUUUUCCUUUAUUGGUCGGAUUAAAUAGGCUAAUUCUUUUAGAUUUUUCUUUUUUCUUUACUUUUCUUGCCAAAAUCAUCAAUAUUAAAACAAUAAAAGGCUUGAACUACUUCAGUUGUGUGUAAUGAAUCUAAAAUAUAUGAAAGUCUAAUAUUUAUCAGUACAUUACAGAAAAUAAUGAACUUUAUCACAAUAUGCUAAUAUUUUGAGAAGGACCUGUAUAUAUAUAUAUAUAUAUAUAUAUACUAAAUACACUCAAUAAUGAACAUUUAGCAUUAGCCCACUGUUUCUAUGAAAUUUUAAACGAUGUAAGCACCAAGCUCCCAGAAUUGUUUGUUGACUGUUCAUCAUGGGUGUUUAAAGCUGUUUCCUUAGUACUCAUACAUAUGAUGGACAGCAGAGAGAGUUCUGAGGGAUUUAAUACCAAAUAAACACACGGACAUAACAUCACAUAAGUAUAGGCUUAAAAGCAGUUAUGGGUUAUCUGUUGAAGACCAACAGAAACAGAUUUUUUCUUGUUUCACUGACUCUUGCAUAUUUGGUAUGAAUGUUUGACUUGUAUCAUUUAGCACACAUUUCUUUAUAUUGGAACCUACUAUACAUUUGUCAGCAUUAUCUAAGUAAACACAAAUCAUUGUU